AUGCGGAAUCUUAAAAUUCGAUCAGCUGUAGUGCGUGAUACAUUGUUAUCAAGUGAGGUGCAGCAGAAUGAAGCAUUCUCAUCGUUGCUCUCAUCCUGUGAAAUUGAAGCAGUAUGUGUUAGUGUUGAAGAUAGGAUUUUUUGUGCCUGCCCUGCUGGAAUAUGUGAAUUAUCAUCCCAAGCACUAAAACUGGUCGAAUGGACCGAACAGCGUAAUGGUGCUAAAAUCAUUUCAUUUGAUCAUCUAAGCGAUGAAUAUCUUUUAUGCGCUGUGCUGUCAUCAGGUGCGGUAUUGAUUGUGGAUUACGAGAAUGAAACGGUUGAGCGAUGUGACAUAGUGCCAACUGAAAUCUGUUCUGCAAGAUGGGCUCCCGACUUUCAUGUUUUGUUGCUUGCAUCAUCGGAAGUGCUGUACUUUGUUACACGUCAGUUUGAUAUUUUAAAUGAGCAACCGCUGAAUUCAUCAAAGCCUGGCCGAGAAGAACUGAUGACAAUUGGCUGGGGUUCUAGAGAAACGCAAUUUCAAGGCAUCGGAGGAAGGAGAAACAGGAAGGUUGAUGAUGAGCAGCCCACUACUGUGAGUGAAUAUGAUCAGCGUAGGGUGUUGCUAGCAUGGAAUGGUGAUGCUAACUAUGUGGUCGUUAGUUAUGUGGAUAACGAAACCAGUUUCCGGCGAUCUUGUGUUUUUGAUCAUGAAGGCGAACUUAUUAGUCAACUACAGCCAGUUAGUAAUGUUGAAGAAACACUGGCUUACAGACCCACGGGAAACCUUAUUGCAACAAGUCGAUGUGAUGGUGAUAAACGUGAAAUAAUUUUUUAUGAACGUAACGGACAAAGGAGAUCAAAAUUUGGAUAUGAAUUACAUCACGGAACUGCAAUUGAUUGGAUGGGUUGGAAUGCUGAUGGAAAUAUUCUUUGUGUGCAGUCCAAAGAUUUGGUGGGAACCGCCCAAGAAGUAAGUUUUUGGUGCGUCAGUAAUUAUGACUGGAUGCUCAAAUAUCGCAUACCGGUUGAUGAUGGAUUUUUAUUGGCAUGUUGGCACGAAAGUAAUCCUAAUCAAUUUUGCUAUGUUACACAGAGUGGUCGUGCCACUUUUAUUGACUUCGAUUUCAUUUAUGAUUUUUGCGAUGAUAUUGUUUUGUCGAUAACAGGAUAUAAUAUACGUGUAACUGACCUGAAAGCAGCGCCAAUUCCACCACCAAUGUGCCACUAUGAACUCACUUUUCCGAACGUUGUUUGUGAAGUUGCACAGUAUAAUGGCAAUGCAGCUUUUCUGCUUGCGGACCAUUCACUUUUUUUAUAUAAGUUGCGAGAAAGAAAAUUUGAAAAAUAUGCUGAAUAUGAUACUACCGAUUUACCGAAAGACUGCACAUGUUAUAAUCUUUGUUUGGAUGAUUCUAGUCAACUUUCUGCCAUUGUUGCCUCUUCGCAUUACAGUUUAUAUAGUUUAAGUUUAAAAAAUAUGAGUCGUAAAGAGAGUCUCUGUUUGUAUUCUAUGGAGAAACCAUUCAUUUGGCACAGUCAUAUUACCGGUGGUUUUGUACUGCAAGGAAUUGAUGGAGAAUGGUUUUCAAUAAAGGAAGACAAGGAUAAGAAUUAUUGUCUAGAAACAGAAAAGCUUUUCGAAACGAGAUCAAUACUGCAUAAUUGUUAUUACUUGCCGACUAAAGAUAGUAUUUUUGGUAUCGGCAAAACAAAUGAUUUGGUUGUGAAUGGCCGAUCGAUUUUGAAAUAUGUUGGAUCAUAUGCAGUAGAUGAGAAGUAUUUGUUGGCUGUAACAUUUGUUUCACAUUCAAAUUCAUCGAAGUUACAAAUUGCUAGAUUAAAAGAUAUUAUAACAACCGACAAAGAAAUAAGCUAUAAAACCAGUCGAGCUGUUGAAAGAGGUUCAAUGUUGAUUGGACGUGAAGCUGAUGGUACUCGGGUUUGGUUACAAAUGCCUCGGGGUAAUUUGGAAACGAUACAUCUAAAAGAAUUGCUGUUGAAUAAAUUGAAAGAAUUGUUAAAUGACAUGUAUUUCAAGGAUGCGGCUCUUAUCAUGAAGAAUCAUCGUAUUGACAUGAAUCUCUUUUACGAUCAUAAUCCGGAGGCGAGUUCUGCUGAAUUACUAAAUUUGUUUGUGGCAAGCUUAAAUAACGAUGAUGUCACAACGGGUAUUUAUUCGGACAACUAUAGCAACAAUAACCAUACAAAGCAUGAUAAAAGGACAAUAAGAAGUGACAAAACUAAGGUCCAAAAUGUUUGUACCGCCAUUCGAGAAUAUAUUUUGAAAGGCGAUGAUAUUCUUAUUACUGAUUUGUACACUAGCGUUAUAUCGACAUAUUUGAAAGAACAACCUCCGCAGGUUUCGAAAGCUCUAUCAGCAUUACGGGAGCAAUCUUUAAAACUACCUGAUGGGACGAAAUUGGAGAAAAGAUGGAUUGCUUAUGUAUCUUUGCUUGCUCCCAAUGAAAAUCUGUUCAAUGUCGCAUUAUCAACCUAUGAUUUAAGUUUAGCACUUGCUGUGGCACAAAAUUCUCAGAUGGACCCGAAGGAAUAUUUACUGUUGCUAGCGGACUUUCAAGCUCAAUCUCCUCCUGCAUAUCAAAAAUCUAAAAUCGACAUAUAUUUGGGAAUGUUCAAGCAAGCUAUUCAGAAUCUGUCAGAAUUGGAUGAUCGCUGGAAUGAGGCAGUUGAAAUUAUUAAACGACAGAAUUUAUAUGCAGAAGCUCUGACAAUAUACCGUGGGAAGAAAACCUAUCUGGCAUGUAUUUUAAAAUUUUAUUUUAAAGUUUGCGAGUUAUGCGCCAAUCACUUGAUGGAUAAACGACGUUUUGAAGAAGCUGCAUUGUUGUUUAAACGCGCAAAUAAUAUAACCAUGGCACUGCAGUGCUAUCAGAGUGCUCAAAACUGGAAAAGAGUUAUUGAGUGUGGAAAAAUCAUGGAUAUGGAGAGAGAAAUGUUAAACGAUUUACUUCAAAAGAUGAUCCCACAUUUUGAAAGCAAAGGGAAAUUUACGGAUAUCGCUGAAAUCUUAUCGUUCAUUGAUAAAAAGUCUAACGAAGUGCAGAUAACGGAAUAUUACUGUAAAGGGGAUGCUUGGGAUUUUGCAAUGAAUUUUGCUUUCGGGAAUGACGAACUGGUAGAAACUGUUUCUAAAGCAGCUUCCGCUCGUUGCGAACAAAUUUUACAAAGUAUAGAAAAUUGGAAGAAUUUAUUGGAACAAUAUUGCUGUCGUUUGGAAAUAGUACGACAAAAUAAAAACAAUUCUUUGAAAGCAGCAAUUAAACGAUUUGAAGAACAGGAUUUGCCAAAGUCGGAAGUUUUUAGUGAAAUGUCUAGUACAAUGAGUAAUAUGUCGAAGAUUUCAGCAGCUUCUACUGCUUCAGCUCGUCGCCGAAAAUAUGUUGAAAAGUGA